AUAAAUACUUGUUGCCUUGAGAAAGAGAGGGACAAAAAGCGACGAAGAAAAAGAAGGAGACAACGUAGUGCCAUUAGUGGAGUGCUUGUAGAUUUGAAAACGAGUGUAGUCUGUUGCGGUCUUAACAAGAUUUUUAAAAUGGAUGCACCUUUAAGAGAGCAAGUAAUGAUAAAUCAGUUUGUUGUAGCGGCAGGAUGCGCACACGAUCAAGCCAAACAAAUUUUACAAUCAGCACAUUGGCAAUUCGAGACAGCGUUGAGUAUAUUUUUUCAAGAUGCAGCUUUACCAUCAUGCCCACCUGGAGCUUCAACACAUUUCGGUCAGGUGAUAACGCCAUGUAAUACUCCAGCUACUCCCCCAAAUUUUCCCGAUACGUUGUUGGCUUUUUCCAAACUAUCAGCCGGUAAUGGUAACAGUCCGUCCACAAAUCAACCGAGUGGUAGUAGCGUCCCUCUACCAUCUCAAUCGCGACGCUCCCCUCAACCGGUAAUUCACCAACAACGAUAAGAUAUAGUGCCAGUCGAUGCGAGGGUCCUUGGGAUCCUUCCAAAAUCGCAGUACGCUCAGUGUAAAAACUUUAUGUAAAAAUUGGAAAUGUAAGCUAGUGAAAUUUGUUGAGAUAUGUUAUUAUAUUUUAGUUAGGGAUUUUGUUGAAAAAAAGAAAAGAACGUUCUCUGUAUUGGUUAUUGGAACAAGUUUUUGUUUGAAAAUAAUAAAAAUGCUAAUGACCGAA